AUGUCGCCGUUCGACGUCCUCAGCACGUACCUGACUUUCCCUUCGAAUGACCAAGACCAGUGGUGGCGGAGGACAGGUCCGCUUGUUGGAAGACUGUUGUCGACUACAGGAUAUACUGCUGAGCAGCAGUAUCAAUUCCUCACAUUCUACCACAACCAGCUGAUUCCCCGUCUUGGUCCCUGUCCUGCGACUUUCCAUUCGAGCAUCACAGUCACCGGGCUGCCAAUGGAGUUCAGCGUGAAUUACCAAGAGCAUGGAGGCCAUCCUACCGUACGAAUUGGUGCUGAGCCUGUUGACUCGUUUUCCGGCACAGACAGAGACCCGUUCAACCAGGCUCCGCCUGCCCUUAUGGUGUCUCACCUGGCUAGAAUAGCCCUCAAUGGCUUUGACCCCCAGCUGUAUGGCUACUUCGAGCCAAAGCAUACCCUAACUCGAGACGAACAGAUCCGCCUCCCGACCUCCGUCCCCGGCGGCGCAAAGCUGAGAACACAGCAUGCCAUGGGUUUCGACCUGAAAGACACUGGCAUCACAGUCAAAGGAUACACCUACCCCGGCCUGAAAGCACACAUGUCAGGGCAAGACAUCAAACAACUUCUCACCGUCUCCGUGACCGACCUCAAGGCCCAAGGCAAAAUGGACUGCGUCGACGCCUGGUCCAAGCUGGCCGAAUAUAUCACCGAAACCAACGGCUGGGGCUACCACAACCUAUGGGCGUGGGACUAUAUCGACCCGGCAAAGUCGCGCUUCAAGUUCUACACGUUCGUCAUGGAUGUGUCGGACAGCAAGCUUGAGGAGCUGUGGACAUUGAAUAACCGUGCAACAGGCCCUGCGCAUAUGGAGGGGUUGUUCUGGCUUCGUAAGCUCUGGGAUGUGAUUGACCUUCGACUUGCAGGCAAGAGGGACCUCCCUGCGGAUGCGCCCCAGGUUCCGGAGAAUUCAGCGCCAAUGUUGUGGAAUUAUGAGCUUACGCCUGGGAAUCCCCUUCCGUAUGGGAAGGCGUAUUUUCCAUUGCAGGGACUGAAUGAUUUGGUCUGUGUUGAGAAGAUCGCGCGCUUCUUUAGGAUGCUGGGUUGGACGGAGCUGGCUGCUUCUUAUCGCAGUACUGUGGAAUCUUUCUAUCCCGAUUAUGACCUGUCCAAGACGUCGCAUCUGGUCUUUUGGAUCUCGUUUGCGUAUUCGGAGAGGACCGGGGUGUAUGUGAGCGUGUACUACCAUCCGUGUCCUGAGAAAUAG